AUGGAGCCAAGGCGCCGCACCGCUGACAUUCGCUCCGGCCGCUGGCCUGAAUCUGCUGGUUUUGGUUCAAUGGAGCCCUCCGGUUUUGGUGGCAUCGGAGAAUAUCUCCAGGAGCAAGGAGAAUGCACUGGAUCUAUGACAUGGUUUGAUGUGUCAUCCUCGUGCUUAGCUCUGAUGGCGAGUGUUAUUCCACAAGAUGGACUCACCCAACACAGUUCUUUGGCAUCUUCGUACAACCACGUCUCUUCUAGCAAUCAAUAUCAGUAUUUUACCCCAUCAACCAAUUCUAAUGUUGACCAGUCAUUUUCCAUGGACUGCAGUAGAAAAUAUGUAGAGGUACGACCUGCUAAUGAGUCUGAUACUCAUCUUGAAAAGCUGCCAAUGCAGCACUUCGAGCAACAAAUAGCAAGUGGUUACUCUUCAAGUGAGGAUUACCAGCGUGAAAGUUUUGCCGAGGACUACUCCGGCGAUGAAUCUGAUGCUGUUCCUGAGAAUCAGUCAUUUGAGCAUCAAAUAGCAGGCGAAUACUCUUCUUGUGAAGAUGAUACAUGUCCAAGAAUCCACGGGGAUAUGUUAGUUGCUGGUUUGGAAGAGGAUAACAACAAUCAAUAUUACGGCAAUAAAUCGGAUACUGUGUGUUUGAACCAACCAAUACAGGACAAUGAGCUCGAUGCCUCUGCUGAAGAUGGACCGUGUAAACCGAUAGUUAGGUGGGGGACGACAAGUCCAUUAGCACACAAUGAAAGGAUUAUGGGUGCUGUAGAAGAAGCAAUGAGGAAGUCCAACGAUGGCACAAAAGAACAUAUGUUCCUGCCCAAAGUUGGUGCUGUCUUCCCAUCACUAGGAGAUGCAUACCAGUUCUACAAUCUUUACUCAUGGGAAGUAGGUUUCAGCAUACGGAAAGGUACAAACCAAAAUGGAAACAAAAAAGCUGAUGGGACAAAGGAUAGGAAUAUGCAGGAGUACAGAUGCCAAAGAGCGGGGAAACCAGGUUCUGGAACGAAAUUUUCAACAACAAUGUGUGUUUGCCCGGCUCGUCUUAGGUUGCUUCGGAACAAGAAUAAUGAAUAUUAUGUUUCCAUAUUUGUUGCAGAGCACAACCAUGAAUUGGUUGAGAGUUGUGGAGAGAAACGACAUCUUAAGUCACAUCAGAGCAUUGAUCAGGCUACCAAGGACAUGGUGCGUUGUCUGCGUGAGAACAACGUCAGUCUGAGCAAAGUAAACUGCAUCAUGGGUAGCAUGUCUGGGUCUAUGAAUAACCUUACUUUCAGCAAGAAGCGUCUGAAAACUGUGUGCUCAGAAAUUGCUGCAGACACAUUUGUUGAAAUGAUGGGAGGAAAAGCACCAGCUACAAUGUUGACUGACCAAGCUGCAGCUAUGGGAGCAGCGCUACGGCAAGUGCUCAAAAACACAAAACACCGUUGGUGCAAGUGGCAUGUCCUUAAGAAGCUUGUUGAGAUGCUGGGACACAUGUUCAAUAACCACAAAGAAUUUUAUGAUGACUUCAACAAGGUGGUGAACCAUAUGCUGUCAGAGCAAGAAUUUGAGGAUUCAUGGGCAGCUAUGGUUGCUAAAUAUGGUCUUUCUGGAAAUCCAGAAAUUACUAGGGCCUUUGAAUCAAGGUCCAUGUGGGCCAAAGCUUGGUUCAAAGAUAUUUUCUGUGCAAGAAUGACUAGCACACAAUGCAAUGAAUCUGCAAAUAAUGUUCUUAAGCAUUUUGUCCCAAGGAACUCCCCACUGAAUUUAUUUGUGCAACAAUAUAACAAGCUUGUCACUGAGCAAGAGAAAGCAGAUCAUGAGGAAGAGAAGAACACCAAACAGCGCGAAAUUCAACUGAAGUUUGGUUGGCCUAUUGAGCGUCAUGCAGCUAAGUUGUACACUAGGGCAGCAUAUCAUCUAUUCCUUGAAGAACUAGGUAGAAGUACUGCAUACAUAGUUGUGGAUAGUAAGGAAGCAAGUGUUUACAAAGUUGUCCAUGGUGAGGGUGAACGUAGGGAAAAGUGGUCAAAAGUUGAUUUCAAGGUUUCAGUUGAUGAAGAAGCUGGUUUAUAUGACUGCGAAUGUGGUCUUUAUAACCAUUUUGGCAUUCUUUGUUGCCAUGCAUUGCUUGUUAUGGUUCAGAAAGGAGUUCGUGAGAUCCCUGCCAUACACAUCAUGAAUAGAUGGACAAAAUCUGCACGUUUCAAGGAGCCAACUCAUCUCUUGCCAGCUGAGAAACCCAGUGGUCCAGCCACGAGUAUCUUGAAAAAACUGCAAGAAAAAAGGGAUGCUGUUAGGACUACCUGCCAGGUUGGGUAUGAAUCUAGUGGAUCAGAAGGUUUCAGAGCAGGAACAUCUGGGAGUGACGUCUUCUCCGAUAGUGAGGGGAGACCUUUACAGAUAGUUGAUAGCAGAAGUGGUGUUGCUAUCAAUUUAAAUUCAAUCAAGCCUCCACUCUUGAACCGUACCAUGGGCAGGCCUUCUAAUGUGCGUCCUAAGGGCGAAGCAGAAGUCAGGAUUAAAAGUGCGAAGAUUCGUAAGAAGCGCACCAGAUAUCAAGCUUCAGGAGCCGUGAAACAAUCACGGCACUGCAAAAAGUGUCGUAGCAAUAACCAUGAUGCUAGGCGCUGCCCAAGAAACAAUCCAUUGAGUCCUGUUGGUGAAGAAAAUGAUAUGUGCCCAAGAAACAAUCCAUUGAGUGCUGUUGGUGAAGAAAAUGAUAUGGAGUGA